AAUGUCAAAUGUGUUCCAUUGUGACAAAUUUAAAAAUUAGGAUAUGAUAAUGAACAAUAUUUUGUUUAAAGUUCCAGUGAAGGUAUUAUGUUGUAGAGUCUUCGAAAAUUAUCUAUGCAGGUUUUAACUUGUUAAUUCCAUUGGAAUUACCUGGAUUACUAAUCUAGGCAAAUAACCCAGUGAAAAGUAUUUUCUUUUAAUGAAUUUUUUAUGUAAUUGUAAUUUAAAUACAAUAAAUUACUUUAAUAUACUUGACACUAUCAAACGCAUUCAACAGUGAUUAAAGUGUUUAAACUAAAGCAAAUAAGUAUAACCUAUAAAGAUAGCUCCUCGUAAGAUAGUCUAUUUAAAUACACUACUUCAGAAAAAUGGAAAACGGUGUUGUAAGAUUUAUCUUAAAAGAUGGUAUCAAGAAGUCUCCCAAAGAUUUCGAAAACUUUAAAGUACAAAUUCAGAGAAUUGACGGGUCAGUGGUUCAGUUGCCUGCAGAUUAUUCUUAUGUUGACAUUACGAUACCUGAGGGAAAUUAUAAUAUAAUUAAGAAUACAUCCGAUACAUUGGGAUUCGAACCGUUGAUUAACCAGAAACAUUCAGAAAAUGAACGAAUAACAACCUAUUCGCCAUCCUCCGGUGACUAUUCCGGCAACUUAAUAGAUGCCGAACCUGAGGAGGGGGCUAUCAGGGUGAAUAUAAUUGGCAUGACAUGUCAGUCAUGCGUGAAGAAUAUCGAGGAGACUAUCAGUAAGAAACCUGGAAUUUUUAGCAUAAAAGUUAACUUACAAGAAAAGUCUGGCCUAGUACAUUACGACCCGAAAACUGUCACCCCGCAAGAAAUAUGUGACUAUAUAGAGGACAUGGGAUUCGAAGCAUCAUUGCCUCUGUUACACAGAAAGGACGAAACCAGCAAAUGUGUCUUAGAAAUCAAAGGAAUGACUUGCAAUUCUUGCGUACAAAGCAUAGAAGGUAUGUUGUCAACGAAAGACGGUGUGAAGACAAUCAAAGUGAAUCUUGAAAAGAAAGAAGGUCAUGUACAGUUCUUUCCUAAUAAAGUCUCGCCGGAGGAAAUUGCGGAGCAAAUAGAAGACAUGGGCUUUGAGGCGUACGUUAAGUCUGUCAAUGGUAAAAAUUUGAAGAAGGAAGUGAAACCUAUUGCGAACGGUUCGACAAGCAAACAGACUGUAUCGUUUAACGAUGAAAAUAUUAAUCUUAAAAAGUGUAAUUUACAAGUUAAGGGAAUGACUUGCGGGUCGUGUGUGGCCGCUAUCGAGAAACACGUUCAGAAGAUAUCAGGCUGCCAAAAAAUAUUAGUAUCUUUACUAGCGGCUAGAGCUGAAGUGCAAUACGACCCCUCACUGGUAACCCCCAACGACAUAGCGGCUUCCAUUUCGGAACUUGGCUUCCCGGCCUCGGUCCUGCAACAGACCGGUGCCGGCGAAGCCGAAACGGACCUGGAAAUCACAGGUAUGACCUGCUCCAGCUGCGUACACAAAAUAGAAACGAGCGUCACCAGACUUCCCGGGGUCAGAUCCGCCCAAGUAGCGCUAACUACGCAUAGGGGUAAAUUCAAGUACGAUCCGGAAGUUACCGGUCCGAGGGACAUCAUAGAGGCCAUAAAGAAGCUGGGCUUCGACGCUCAACUCUUCACCCGGGACAGGGGCGACAGUUAUUUACACCAACGGGAGGAGAUAAAGAAGUGGAAGAAGUCGUUCUUCUUUUCGUUGGUGUUUGGCGGCCCCUGUAUGAUCGCCAUGAUGUAUUUUAUGGUGAUGAUGUCCAUGCACAAUAUGUCUAAUGAGGAUAUGUGCUGUUUGGUGCCAGGCUUGUCCUUAGAAAACUUCAUAAUGUGGGCCCUUUCUACGCCUGUCCUCAUUCUGGGAGGCCGUCACUUCUUCAUCCAAGCUUACAAAGCUCUAAAGCACAGAACCACCAACAUGGACGUACUUAUAGCAAUGGCUACUUCAAUCUCGUAUACUUACAGCGUCAUAGUGGUGCUCUCCGCUAUGAUAUUGCAACAGAAAACGUCGCCGCAAACCUUCUUCGACACCCCUCCUAUGCUGUUGGUUUUUAUCAGCUUAGGCAGGUGGUUGGAGCACAUAGCCAAAGGGAAGACUUCGGAGGCCCUCAGUAGGUUACUGUCCUUGAAGGCCACGGAAGCAGUUAUUGUCAGUUUGGGCAAAAACGGGGAAAUAAUCAGCGAACAACAAGUGAACGUGGAUCUGGUGCAGAGGGGAGACGUUCUGAAAGUGGUUCCGGGUGCCAAAGUACCUGUUGACGGGAAAGUGUUACAGGGACAAUCGAUGUGCGACGAGAGCCUCAUCACAGGAGAGAGCAUGCCCGUGCCAAAAAAAAUCGGCAGCUCGGUGAUCGGCGGUUCCAUCAACCAACACGGGUUGCUCAUCAUGGAGGCCACCCACACCGGCGAAGCUACCACCCUGUCGCAAAUCGUGAAAUUAGUAGAAGAAGCACAAACGUCGAAAGCACCUAUACAGCAACUAGCGGAUAAAAUCGCCGGGUACUUCGUCCCUACGGUGGUUCUUUUAUCCCUACUUACGCUUAUCAUAUGGUCGAUUAUAGGGGCGAUAAACAUCAACAACUUGCCCAUAAAGGAAUCCGAGAAAGAAGGGUUUACGGACACCGAGGUCAUCCUGCAAUUCGUGUUUAGGUGCGCGCUGAGCGUGCUGGCGAUAGCUUGUCCUUGCGCGCUCGGUCUGGCCACCCCAACGGCUGUUAUGGUCGGGACAGGUGUUGGCGCUAUUAACGGCAUCCUAAUCAAAGGUGCAGAGCCCCUCGAAAACGCCCACAAAGUGAAAGCUAUAAUGUUCGACAAAACGGGAACGAUAACGAAAGGUCUGCUCGAAGUGGCUAAAAUCUGGAUGCAAUCCGACACCCUAGGCCCUGCCGUCAUUCUCUCGGCCCUGGGUUGUGCGGAAACGAACUCGGAACACCCAAUCGCCAACGCCAUAAUACGGUACGUGCGUGACACUCUAGGAUGCGAUCUGACAGGCAGCACCACGAGUUUCCAGGCCGUCCCGGGUUGCGGGAUGAAGUGUACAGUGGCGAACCUAGCGGGGAUAAUAAGGAAUGCGAAAAACAAUCAGGAGAUAAGCAAUUUUUCCUCCCUGGUGAACGCGGGAAGUUCCGGACUGUUCACGCUCAAUGGGGUUCAAGUCGAGGUAAUGCACACGCAAAAUAUGAGGCUCGGGCAGCUCAUCGGGAUGACCCCCGCCGAGGAGAACGGCGAUGGGGAGUACGAUGUUAUCGUGGGCAACAGGGAGUGGAUGAAUAGGAACGGCUUUAUCGUGACCAGUGAAGUUGACAGAGAGAUGGCAGCGGAGGAGGAGCAGGGAAGGUCUGCUAUAUUGUGCGCUAUAAACGGUAACAUCGUUGCGAUGUUAAGCGUGGCAGAUACCGUGAAACCAGAAGCGCAUCUCGCGGUUUACACGUUGAAGAAAAUGGGAUUGGAAGUGAUACUCUUGACGGGCGAUAACCGUCAAACGGCAGCGAGUAUAGCUAGGCAAGUGGGGAUAAACAAAAUUUACGCGGAAGUGCUUCCUUCGCAUAAAGUCGCCAGGGUUCAAAGGCUGCAAGCGAAAGGAAUAAAAGUUUGCAUGGUCGGCGACGGCAUAAACGAUUCCCCGGCACUCGCACAGGCCGACGUCGGGAUGGCCAUAGCUGCGGGCACAGACGUGGCCGUCGAGGCCGCUCACGUUGUACUUAUGAGAAACGAUCUCUUGGACGUAGUCGCCUGCUUGGAACUUUCAAGAAAGACUGUUAAUAGGAUAAGACUUAACUUUUUGUUUGCCAGCAUGUAUAAUCUCUUAGGUAUUCCCCUGGCGGGCGGCGCGUUCAGUAUGAUAGGGUUCAUGCUGGCCCCGUGGAUGGCCAGCGCCGCAAUGGCUCUCAGUUCCGUGUCCGUGGUGGGAUCCAGUCUGUUGCUCAAAUUGUGGAGGAAGCCGACAAAAGAGCAGCUGGAGACCCCCGAAUAUCUCGCUAGUAAAGACAGCGAUUCCCUUGAUGCAAUUUCGAUACACCGAGGUCUAGACGACAUCGAGCAGAUAAGCGGCAGCCCCUCGACGUUGUCAAGAUUUCUGGGCAAGAACAGACCUGGUCGAGAACUGCUUCUUAACCACGACGAGGAAGAACCAGGCAUUUCUUUCAGCAAAGGAAAGUAUGAUGUCAGCGAACCCCUCAUGUAAAAUCCUUUAUCUCUGUUAAUAUUUAAACACUAGGCAAAUUAGUCAUAUCAGGGUUGAAUUAAAAAUAAAACAAUUCCAUAAGUUUACCAUUACACUAGUACUUAACAUAUUACUUCCAGUCCAAAGGGGUGACUUUUUAACUCUCGGACGCAUAUUUUCUAUUUCGAUUUAAUUUAUACUUACUCGAUAUACAUGUACGUUGCAAUACGUACAAAAUAUAUAAAUGAAUCCUGGUGCAGAAUUGAGGAAUCUCCUAUGUUAUUUUGUGAUAAUUUACAAGUAAUAAAUGUAUGAAAACAUA